AUGACAGCAACGCAGACCCAGCCGGCUGCGGCUUCGACAACAGUUCGCCACAAAGACUCGAUGAAGUCUACAUGGCGCCUCAACGACCGCAGCACAUGGAACAUGUACCAAAAGACCAUCGACUUCUUCGGCGUCCAUCCCGUUGCGCUGGACCAACCCGUUCCCAAGCACCCAAAGUCCGAUAAAGUGCCACACCUGGGACAAGUCUCGCAACAUAUCUGGAUCCUGUUCUACGGCUUGCUUCCCUUGGCCCUACACCAGGCAUUUGUGUCGUUGACGGGCUGGAAUAUCAGCAAGCACGCCGCCUUCCACUUCUACAUGAUUCUCUUCAACGCCAUCAUCGUCAAGGAAGUCCACGUCCUGCGUCGUCUCGGCCACAAGCACGGCUUCCUUGACGGCGACGCCCACGACCGCGAUGGCGUCCCCGACCACGGCGCCGGAAAAGUCGUCUGGUCCAUAUACAAGACCAUCGGUGCGCGCCUCGCCAUGAUGGUCUGGUUCAGCUACACCCCUACCCAGGCGCCGCUUGACGUCAUGAGCGACUGGCAGUGGUGGGCCAAGCUGUACUUCCAGACGGGCCUCUACGGCAUUAUUCUUGACUUCUGGUUCUACGUCUACCACCGCGCCAUGCACGACGUGCCCUUUUUGUGGAAGUUUCACCGCACCCACCACCUGACCAAGCACCCUAACCCGCUAUUAUCCGCGUACGCCGACGAAGAACAGGAAUUCUUCGACAUGGUUGUCGUCCCGUUCCUGACCUACGCCACCUUCUGGUCGCUGGGCAUGCCGCUGGGCUUUUAUAACUGGUGGAUGUGUCAGCAGUACAUCGUGUAUACCGAAGUCUGGGGCCACAGCGGCAUCCGCGUCCAUCUCGCUGCUCCGUCUACCUUGAGCUGGCUCCUGACCGCGCUAAACAUGGAGCUCUGCGUCGAGGACCACGAUUUGCAUCACCGCAAGGGCUGGAGAAAGAGCCAAAACUACGGCAAGCAGACGCGCGUGUGGGACAGGCUCUUUGGCACGUGUGGCGAGAGGAUCGAGUCGUUUGACGAAAAUAUCGACUACGUCAACCAGGCGUACAUGCCUAUUUUCUGA